GAGAGACAGCGAGAAGCAGGGGCGGCGGCAGUGGGAGGAGAUAGCGAUCUGUUAACGAUGAGUUCGGCACUUUGCAAACCGUUACCGUCCUCGGGUCCCAGGUCUAUCUGCGACGUGUCGCACCCGCUGUCGGCGGAGGAACUGCUAUCCCCUGAGCCCGAGCUGGCGGCCGGCGGAGACAAGGUGGGGGGCCCCGGUAACCAUGGGAGACCGGCAGGGCCCCCGGAUCAAAUGUUACCCAAUGGGACACCAGUGGAGACAUCAAGUCCUGCUUCUUCCUCAUCUCUCCUUAAUAGGUUACAACUGGAUGAUGAGCUGGAUGGUGAAACCAAGGAUCUCUUUGUUACAGUUGAUGACCCAAAGAAACACGUGUCUGCAAUGGAGACUUACAUUACCUACAGAGUUAGCACAAAAACCACCAGAAAUGAGUUUGAUUUACCAGAGUACACAGUUCGACGUAGAUACCAAGAUUUUGAUUGGUUGAGGACUAAACUGGAAGAAUCACAGCCGACUCAUCUUAUUCCACCUCUUCCAGAAAAGUUUGUAGUGAAGGGAGUGGUGGAUCGCUUUUCCGAAGACUUUGUGGAAACUCGAAGGAAAGCACUGGACAAGUUUCUGAAAAGGAUCGCAGAUCAUCCAGUUCUUUCCUUCAAUGACCACUUCAACGUUUUUCUAACAGUAAAGGAUCUGACUCCUUAUAAAAAGCAAGGCCUAGCUUUUAUUACCAAGAUGGGGGAAUCUGUGAAAUAUGUUACUGGAGGUUACAAGCUAAGAAGUCGGCCUGUUGAGUUUGCUGCUAUGGGGGAUUACUUGGACAUGUUUUCUCAGAAGUUGGGGACAAUUGACCGAAUUGCCCAGAGAAUAGUCAAAGAACAAGCAGAAUAUUUAGUGGAGCUCAGAGAAUAUGGGCCCAUUUAUUCCUCCUGGUCUGCUGUAGAAGAAGAACUAAACAAGCCCCUCAAUGGGGUAUCAAACUGUGUUGGCAGUAACUGCAUUGCCCUGGAAGAUCUAUCUGAGGACAUGUCUGAUGACUUUCUUCCUGUCCUUCGAGAAUAUGUACUCUAUAUAGAAUCUAUGAAGAAUGUGCUUAGGAAAAGAGAUCAAGUGCAAGCUGAGUAUGAGGCCAAACUUGAAACUGCUGCUUACAAGAAAGAAGAGAAGCAGGGAACGCCAACAAGUGUUGAAAAGUGCCAGGACCGUGUGGAAUGCUUCAAUGCUGAUCUGAAGGCAGACUGGGAUCGGUGGCAAAGCAACAAGAGACAGGACUUUCGACAGCUGUUGAUGGGAAUGGCUGACAAGAACAUCCAGUAUUAUGAGAAGUGUCUUGCAGCAUGGGAGUCUGUUAUUCCACUCUUACAAGAGAAGCCGGAAGUUACAAGUGAAGGCCACUCAUAGCUUCUGCUUUCAUGUUGCCCAUUGGCUCUUUCCCUCUUCACUUGCCCAGUUCAGAGUACUGGAAUAUUGCACUUUGGGGGAGUUGGGAGUAAACAACAUAGACAAUUUUAUAUAUAGCUGUACAUCAAUUGCACAUUGUGCAAGGACACUAAUUGUCUGCAGAAGGUGUGCUCUCUCAGUGAAGGAUUUGUUUGUUUCAUCCACGUGUUGUCUAACAGCUCACUUUCAGCAGUCUGAGUACUGGCCACUUAAUUGUGAAGAAUACAAAGGCACUCUCUCUUUUUUUGCCUGAUUGACAUGGUUGAUUGUGCUCCUCCAUGUGUUGUAGUUUUUUAAACUUGUUACACCUAAACAGUCUUUGACACUUUUCAAAUUACUUUUGAUAGAUGCCUUGAAGCAUCCUAUUUAACCAAUUGCGUGCACUUGGGUGUGGAGGAGUUUUUUCACUUGAGGGUUUGGUGAGAUUGGAGCAAGCCUGUAUAGAAAAAAGCUUUAAGCAUUAAUUUAGUGAUUGAAAAUGUUAAUGCCUCAGACAAAAGGGAAGGAAAUGAAGCAUACUUGACAUGUAAAUUCCUUAUUUAAAUCUUUAUAGUAGUCACACAAUAUUUUGAAGUCUUUGUUCCCUUGUGCACGUUGGAGACCAUGUAUUAGAGUGCUAAAUAAUCCAGAGUCUGUUGCAGCACAGUAUUGGUGAAAGCUUUUGUGACCAGCAUUAAUUGAACAUUGACAGCAUUCCUUUUUUCAAAAAAAUCACAAUCGAUUUGUAGAGUACUGUAUCCUCUCUAUCAUGAAACCAUUGUCUAGUUUGUGUAUUUUCCUAUUCCUGAAUUUUGCCAAGUUUUUAUUUUCACUUUUUGUACAAUUUGACAUCCUUGAUGUGCUAUCUAUAUAAUGUUUAAUCUGUAAAAAUGAAGUCAGUUUAUAAAAUCGUGCCCUUUUGAUAAAUGCUUUCAGGGCAAGGUAAGAGGCGACCUGAUCACCACCCUAUCCUUGUUGAGACCUGUGAGAAUUAAGUGAGUAUUCCCAGAUAUUUAGUUAAAAAGGAUGAGAUAUUAGGUAUCAGAUCACCCAGGGAACAAACAAUAACUGAAUUGAGUGUACACAAAGUGCCUUUGUUGCAUGAAAUAUUUUGUAUAAGCUAAUUUAUUUACUUUGGGCUAAAUUUUGAGCAACCCUUGCUGCUUUGUUUUCGUGACUACAAUACACUAAACUCUUGAAAAUAGGAAAAGUUGCAUGUUUAUAUUGCUGCUUUUGUGCCUGCUGUAGGAGAUUUGGUUUAUUUUUUCCUGUAAACCUUUUGAGUACAAUAUCUUUAAAUGAACAAGCAAGUUACUAAACAAUUUUUAAAAAUCCUUGAUUUUGUUCUUGGUGACAUCAAGCAGAAUUAAGACGAGUGGUGGAUUUGGGCAGUGGAGGGAAACUUGUAUUUGAUCAUGCCCCUGGUGUGAUUGUGCACAGUCAUUUUAUUCAGAAAACUAAAUGGGCAUCUGAAGCUUUAGCUUGGUUAGCUGCACUUUGUAGAAGUUGCUUUCUACCAUAGACCUGGAAGUAGAAUUGUUGAAAACUUAGACCACAAAAUUAAAGCUAACCAAAAAGAUCAUUUAAGGUAUUCUUUCUGCCCUGGCAACUUCUAAAAUGGGCGAAGCUGAGACAUGUUUUUCUUUUGAACAGUUCAAUGCAUUAAACUGAAUGCUGGAGUGAUAGGGACCAUCACAUCAGUUCCUUUUUUUGUGAUGAUAUCAUUUAAUGGGUUUGUUGUCAAUUUAUCAGCCCAAUUUAAAUUGAAAUAUUUCUACUUGGUGAAUUUUAUUCAAAACUGCAUGAAUUCUUCCAAUUCCAUGCAUAAGCUCUCCCAUCCAAAACUCUCCUCCAGCCUGUCCACUACCACCACAAACCUUUGUAAGAGUGGGCUGGGGAGAAAAGUUGCUUCAAAAGCAUCAGUUAACAUUCAUGACUUCAGGGAAUUUUUUUUUUAUUCAGAUGAGCAACGUCAUUGCUGUCAGGGUAACUGUUUUGGUGGCAUGUUUGUAAAUCACGAUGUAUUAAUCUGGUUUUUUAAAAAACAAGCGUUAACAUUCUUCUGAACCUGAAAAUUGGUUACCCUGUAUUACGUGGUGUAAUUUUACUUUGUGCCAAAACUCUAAUGCAUUUUCACAAGGAAGUUAGGAAUAUUCUGAAGAUGCCCGGGUAGGCGGUGAUCAAGCAAACAGCCUUUCAGCAAGUUAGCAUGUAGCAAAUAAAACACUGGGAGCCAUUUGAAAUGGCAUAAGCAGUAUGGACAAGUAGCAUUGCAUGUGGUACUUUGAAAUAUUCAUUCUUUUUGGUUUUUCUGCUGCUAACUUCUGGAAUGUGCUAGGGUUGUAAUAAACUGUAUUGCCCUAAGUUACCACUGGGGUUGCAAAGGUACAUUUUGUCCAUCAAGGAACAAAUUCCAGUGCAGUGUUCAAUACUGUCAAGCUUGCAUAGUGUGCAGUUCACUAACUCAUGGCUUGACUUGUUGGCACAAAUGGUGAGGAGAAGAUCUUGUUUCAUGGUAUUAAAAUGUACCUAUGCAUUCAAAGAGCUCUAGUAUUCUGGAUCAUUACAGUUUUUUAUAACAAUUGCUGGAAAUUAGGCUUUCAAUAUUUUGUUUAACUGCAUCUAUAUUGAAGCUUCUAAUUGAUCUUCGGUUAUUUGAAGUGAUUUGUGAUCCUCUUUUUGUUGAGGAUAGGUGGAUUUGUUUACUGUGAAUUAUAAAGCAUGAAGCUUUGAAAUAAAUCAUGGAGUUAAAACUUAGUAAAAUCAGUGUGGAUUAUGGAAUAUUGUACCCUUUCCCUAACAGAAGUUUGGUGCUAUGCUAACGCCAACAGUUCUUGUCAUCCAACUUGUACCUGUGGAGUUUUUGAACAAUAUUGAAUAAACACC